GCAGGCAGGGAGGGAAGCAAGAAACGCUAAAAGCCCUGCUCUUCCAUAGGCAGGUGAAAGCUCUGUUUGGAGGGAUGUUGUGUCUGCUGGACCUCACGUCUUAGUUUCACCCUGAAUGGUCAGUCAUCUGGCUGAGAGGAUUGUGAAGGAAGAUGAGCUCUCUGCAGAAGCUGUCACUCACCCUCCAGCGCUCCCAGUCUGCCUCCUCCCUCCUUCCAUUGGCCACCCCUCCCAGAGAUAAUGCCCUACAUCUGUGGGGACAGAAGGACGGUAUCCCACCCUCAGAGGUCACAUUCAGUGAGCAGCAGCCUGGACUGAGGGAAGGUUUCGUUCUCCUGAGUAAGGAAGAACCCAAGCAACAGCAGUCAGAGCCAGAAAGUCUCAUCUCCGUGCAGCCUCCACAAUUGGUGCUGGAAUCUGAUACAACUGCUGAACACUACAAUGAGCAAUAUGAUUCCAGGGCAACUUCAGAAGAACAAACAGUGUACAGUGAUGACAGUGGAGAAGACAGCGCUCCUGAGGAACCACUGAACAACUCUGUGGAUGAGGUCUCCAUUUUGAAAAGGCUGGGCCUUCAGAGGGAGUUCUACACUGAGAAAGAAGUCGAGACUGCAUUCGUCCACCUGUCUCUCGCUUUCAAAUCUGACAUGUUCACGUUGAAGCAAAGGCUUGACGUGGAAGAACGAGCCCGGGAUGUGGCUGAGGAAAACAUCCAGAAGGAGCUGGAAGGAUGCAGAAUAAUACUGCAGAAACUGAAAGCAGCUUGUUCGGACAGGCAGAGACAGGAGACUCUAAAACAGUUCGAGUACAACCUUCAGGUUCUGGAAGCUUCCAUCACACAAGUGACCAACAGCUCUGAGAUACUGGGUGCAGUACACCAGGAAGCCCGGGUAAGUGGGGGUGUGCAGGUGAUGAUGGAACAUGUGGCCAAUCUGAAAAGCAUACACGCCAAAGAACAUGCAGAACUGCAGGAAAUGAAGAAAAUCAUUCAGCAGAACUCCAGGAGCCGACAGUUUGGAGACAUGAGAGAUGAUGCCAACUUUCAGACUAAGCAUCAAAUGAUGAGAGCUAUGCAUCAGAGUACAGCUCGCAGGAGGGUGAGCAUCGCUGUCAUUCCAAAACAGCUCGUGACCUUUCAUAUUCCAGACUCCAAAGCAGCUGACAGUGAAGAGUGCAGGAUGGAUUACAGCUGUACAAAGAUCACCAAGCACAAUGUUCCACUACAAAACAGCAGACUACGACAUCCUCAUGAGGACUCAAUUGGGAACUAUGCACAGUGCCUAGCGUCAAAUUCAAACCAACCUAGGCCACCUUCUCAACGCUGUGAGAUUAAAUCUGAGGAGAUCUCAUUUCAUGGAUCAGAAUGCAAGAGGAACUUGAAAGGAAAAGCAAACUGGAAAUCGUCAAGAUCAGGAGAAGCACCAAUUUCCUUAUCAAAUACAUGGAAAUGCAUCUGCCUGAGGCAAAACCAGGAACAAAAAGUAGGUGGCAUAUUGAAGAAGGAAACAUUGAACAGAGAGACAGAGACAGAGACUGAGAGUGAAGAUGAAGAUGGAUAUACAUCAGACACAAUGAGUAAUGCCUCAUUGAUGUUGGAGCAGCAAUCUCCAUUAUCUGGGUUGUCCUGUUUCCUUGAUAGCUACCAGAAGAUACUUACCUCUGUUGUGUUGACUCUCAUUGUCGCAUGGCUACUGCAGCCAAAGUCCUUCUGGUUCUGGCCAUGAGAUAUUGUGCGAACGGAACCUCAAAGCGAAGAUGUCAACAAGUUCUGUCCCAUUCUGACAGGAACGAGUAUUCUGAGAAGUCGCUGGGGAAGGCCCACCUAAAAAAAAAAUAAACCACCAAAAACAUUUGAUUGGAGAUUCAGAAAUUCACAGCAUCUAAAGAAUCUCUUGGUCCAUCAAAGUCAGGCGUGCAUUAAAAUUCCAAAUGAAA